UAUAUAUAUAUAUAUAUAUAUAGCUGUGCUAUACUUCCUCCUGUACCACCUCUAUCUGGUCUUAACAUGUUUUAAUAGGUGCUGGUGUUUAGAAGUCUGUGAGAUUUAACUUUUUACUAAGCUUUAUAAUGAAAAUGAAAAUUUAUUUUUUUAUUUUAUUAAAAAUAGUCUACUAUUCCAUAUUAAGUGUAAUGAUAAAUGUGUACUCCAAUAAGAUUGUCAGUUGUCCACAAACCACUUGCUGCUCGUCUGUAUGAUAAAGAACAUAAUAUAAUAUAAAAUGUAUAUAUGUGUAACCGAAUGUAAACUGGCUCGUUGUUGAAUCACUGAAUACACGCGGCAUCUGUAUUUAUAUUGAAAUAAUAUAUUUGAAAUAUAUACAGUCUAAACAUUGCUUGCACGGGUUUGUGUCCAUGUCCAAAUGCGAAACUGGUGAUGACUGAGGGGUUGGAGGACAUAAAAUAAGCUACAGAGACAUGGCUGAUCGACGCCGUCUUCAUCUGUAGUCCAUCUCAUCGUUAAUUUCGACUGGGGGAGGAAGAGAAAGCGAGAGUGAGCUAAUGUAUUGUGUGUGAAGCCAUGAUGGAUAUGUGAUGGAGCAAUAAGAACAAUGGCUCUGUGCACAUGCAAUGUCAGUCCCAAAAUACCGCGGAUAUAAUGAGGGAGAGAGAGAGAGAGAGGAAGAGAGAGAGAGAGUGGAAGGAGAAGGCUUGGAGGAAGGAGACCGAGACGACGACUAGGCUAUAGCUGCCAGACAGACAGACCGACAGACAGGGAUGUGAUCAUGAAAUGUAUAUUUUAAAGACACUCUGAGCUAACACAACCCUCGGUACCGGUGCUGGUUGGGUUGGUGAGCGAACGCGCGUGGGAAGGAUUUAGAAGGGGGGAAGGAAGAAAAAAACAAAAAAAAAAACAACAAACAACAAACGUUUCGAGGUCGAUAGCGCACGCGCGUGUGAGUAAAUAAAUAAAUAAAUAAAUAAGUAGGAGCGGGAGGCGAGCGCGUCAUCCGCAGUGGCUUAGCUGUUAGCUUCCAUCUCCUUGCAGCAGCACCUGCGCGCGCUCAGGCAUCAGGAGAGCGAGCGCGAGGAACCCGAGCACGAGGAGCAUCGCUCGCGCGGAUCAGGAGGUCGGUGUUCUGCCGUACUGAUCAUUAUUUCGUGUAAUAGAGAGAGACAGAGACAGAGAGAGAGACAGAGAGAGAGAGAGAGAGAGCUGUAACGGCGCGGUUGCUGUUGCUGAUGCACACAUGUCCGCGGGUGUGAAGUCGCCAUUCUCCGCCCUGCAGCGCGGAUUCUCCGUGUGUCUGUGCGGACUCCAGCACUGAUCCGGAUCACACGGACCGACAGGCCUACAGGACCCGCACCUGGCCUGAUAGGACAUCAGAUCGAUGCGGUUUAUUCUGUAUGGACCAGGCAUCUGACAGGAAAUUUAUUCCUCCACACCUAUUUUUUUUUCCAACAACAUGGGACGACAUUGAUUGAAGAUCAAUGAAUAAUAAUAAUAAUAAUAAUAAUAAUAAUAAACAACCCGGCAUGUUGAUCGCAUCCUGAUUUUAUUUUUCAUCCCGCGACGAUUUCUCAUCUCGAGGCUGAUCUCUUGAGCCUAUAAAUAUUUGAACUGAAUAAAGACUAAAUCCAGGCUGAUGACUUACCGAUGACGCCAAUACGGCAGCGCAUCCUUUAUAGUAGCGCUGGACGUGUCUGUGCACCCCCAUAUCUCUAUAAGUAGACCGCUAUAGAUUUCCUCAUCGCUCGUUGUCUUGGAGAUGUGCUUAUUUUAAAGGAUUAUUUUGGUGGCUUAUUAAAAAAAAAAAACACACACACAGGGAUCCGCACUGAAAUCCAUUCAGCACUCAUCAUUCUAUCCACAUCCUGAUCCUGGUCAGUAUUCACCUCAAGCUAAUUUUUGCUCAGAUUCUUUUUUUUGUGUGUGUGUGUUUGUGUGUGUGAGUGCUGUUUUGUCAUCAUCUUAAUACCGAGGAACAGCUAUAUCCCAUUGCCUUACGGACAUCAGGUUUCCAUCAGCCUUGCACCCAUGGAUCAACCCACGAAGCUGCCGCCGUCAAGCCCGUCCUCGCCCACAGCGGCCUUCUCCGUGCCCAGCGCUGAGAAGGUGGAUGGCUUUCCACGCCGCUCCAUGCGCCGGGCCCGCCAGAGAAGGUCACACAGCUCUUCGCAGUUUCGUUAUCAGAGCUCGCAGGUGGAGCUCACAGCCCUGCCUCUGCUCAAAGAGGCCCCAGUGGCGGAGCUGCAUGAUCUGUUUUGUAAGAAGCUGCAGCAGUGCUGUGUGCUCUUUGACUUUCUGGACUGUGUAGCUGACCUAAAGGGGAAAGAGAUCAAGCGUGCGGCACUGAAUGAGCUGGUGGAGAGCGUGGCCACCAGCCGUGGCAUCCUCAUUGAGCCCCUCUAUCCUGAGGCAAUCAAGAUGAUCUCAGUAAACAUCUUCCGUACUUUGCCGCCCAGCGAGAACCCAGAGUUUGAUCCGGAGGAGGAUGAACCUACACUGGAGGCCUCCUGGCCCCAUUUACAGUUGGUGUAUGAGUUCUUUUUACGCUUCUUGGAGAGUCCUGAUUUCCAACCUUCCAUGGCCAAACGUUAUGUGGAUCAGAAAUUCGUUCUACAGUUGCUGGAGCUGUUUGAUAGUGAGGACCCCCGAGAAAGAGAAUAUCUGAAGACCAUACUGCAUCGUGUCUAUGGCAAACUGCUCGGCCUCAGGGCAUACAUCCGUAAACAGAUCAACAACAUCUUCCUCAGGUUCAUUUAUGAAACUGAACACUUCAAUGGAGUGGCUGAACUGCUGGAGAUUUUGGGAAGUAUCAUUAAUGGCUUUGCUCUGCCUCUGAAGUCAGAGCACAAACAAUUCCUGGUGAGGGUCCUGAUCCCCUUACACACUGCCAAAUCUCUGUCCAUCUUUCAUGCACAGCUUGCCUACUGUGUGGUGCAGUUCAUGGAGAAAGAUGCCACUGUUACAGAAUAUAUCAUCAGAGGCUUGCUGAAAUAUUGGCCCAAAACUUGCACUCAGAAAGAGGUGAUGUUCCUGGGGGAGAUCGAGGAAAUUCUGGAUGUGAUCGAGCCGUCACAGUUUAUCCGUGUGCAGGAGCCACUUUUUAAGCAGAUCGCCAACUGCAUCUCCAGCCCCCACUUCCAGGUUGCAGAGCGGGCUCUGUAUUUCUGGAAUAAUGAGUAUAUUCUGAGUCUGAUCGAGGAGAACUGUCAGGUCAUCCUGCCUCUGGUCUUUGGCACGCUUUACCGAGUCUCCAAAGAGCACUGGAACCAAACUAUCGUGUCACUUAUCUACAACGUCUUGAAGACCUUUAUGGAGAUGAACAGUAAACUAUUUGAUGACCUUACAGCCUCAUACAAGGUGGAGAAACAGAAAGAGCUAAAGAGGGAGAAGGAGCGUGCCGAGCUGUGGAAGGGGCUGGAGGAGCAGCAGGAGCGCAGGCUGCAGAGUCUGGGCGAAGCAAGUCGCAACCAAAGGAACCUGCAAGAGCGAGAGAACCUCUGCAAGAACGAGCCGGAGAGCAGCGCUGCCAAUGCCACCUAGAACACACACACACACACACACACACACACACAUACUUACACACACACACACACACACAUUCAUGCACACACACAGACAAAUGCACAAGCCAAUAUGUACAAACAUUAAGAACAUAACACACACACUUUGUUUUACUGACAGUUUUUACUCUGAAACCUAUCAUCACCUCUUAAAACAUAAACACAAACACUCCUGCACACUACAUAUAAAUACACACACACACUCACACACACACUCACACACACACACACACACAGAUCAUACCGACAACAUUGCUGGAACAAUCAGACAGAACAAACCAACAGCCGGUUGUCUAUAUGUAGAUAUACAAGCCACUCUCACACUCACAUACAUUAAAGUGAGAUGUAAAUGAUGCAGAAAGAAAAGACAAGUACCUCUCACUCUUCAUGUCUUUUAUUCGUUUCCUCUGUCUCUAUACAUAUCUUACGCUUCUUACGCAAUCUAUCGCUUUCAUCGCUUCCCUUCUGUUUCUCUCUUCCUAUUACUGACACUAAUGUAUACAUGCAUACACAUACUGAUACACACAUGCAGCACAAACAAGAUACACGAUACAUGCAUGGACAUAGGUAUGGGGUGCAGUUACAUGAAUGCAAACACUCACACACACACACACACACACACACACACAGAGUCAUCGGUUAAACUCUGGAACGGGUCUAAUAUCGCUCGGGAACGCUCUCAAUCCCGGCAUCAUGUCCACCAUUGGACUCACACACUCUCCCAAAAGAUGAAGCAACAUGCUGAUGAUGAUUAUGAAGAAUUAUGAUGAAGAUAACUCUGUAAAAGUUAUGGUUAUAAUGUUCUUAUUACAGCUUAUUCUAUAAGUAACACUUCUAUUGCUACUUCGACUGAUGUUUUUAUAUAUAUACAUAUAUAAAUAUAUAAAAAUAUAAUAUCUAUGUCCAAUUAUAGUGUUGGUGGGGGUAUUUUAGUGUAGCACCUCUUAAACAUGACAAAAGUAUGCUGCUAGACUAAACUUGUUCUGAUGUGAAGAGAAAAACAUUACACUAGUCCGUUCUUUCUUCUGGGAUUUCUUUAAAAGAAAUGGGGAAAAAAAAACAUCCGAAAUGUAUUACUUUAGCAAUAUUCUCAUCUACUCUGAAUGUGUGUCAGCAGUUUUCUUUGGGAUCCAUACCGCCUAUUUCACUACACAUAGUUUUAAAGAUGGGGGUCGAUAUUUUGUUGAUUGUUUUGUUUAUUUUUAUUUUUGUAUAAUGGUUUGGCUGUUGAUAUUUAUUAAUAUUUAUUUCAUAUUGUGACCAUCUUGGAGCAAAAAGUCUCAUGGACAGGACUGGAAGUGACUGUAUGCUUAAGCGUACUAAGGACUGAGAUGGAUUGUUAAUGUUUCUCAUGUUGGAUGUUGGUUCUAUACCAGCAUAUUCCAGAACUUUCCUCUGAAAAAAAGAAGAAGAAAAAAAACAACAAAAAACAAAAAACAAAACAAGAAAGGUGUAGAAAAAUCAUCGCUCAUUUUGUUAUUGAUUUUGUAAAAGGUGCAGUUCAUUUCAUCCAUACUUCCUCCGAAGAGAAGGGUUAGAUGUGAGAGAGUCAGUCAGGGACUCAGUAGAAUAGCGAGAAGGCGACACGUGAGCUCGAACUGUAAGCAUAAGUAGCAUCACUUCAGCUAGAAUUGCACUGUCCUCUUGGUCGAUGUUUUGUGUUUAAAUAUAGCAAUGUAUUUUUGGGGGACCAACGGCUUUGGGAUAUGAAUGUAUAAAAGAUGGGCUAUAAACAUGAAAAUGCCUGUUGAAGUGCUUCACGUGGAGAAAUGAGUGUUUGUUAUUCGCGAAACGCACAAACAGAACAGAAAGAAAGAAAAAAAACAACAACAUGGCGGCCUCAUUUUAUUACCAAUUCUGGUGUCAGGAAACAUUGGUGAACAGUUUGCUCACUUAACAAGACACCAAUUUUACUUUUCUGUCUAUUUACACACAACAAAAUUCAUUAUAUUUGCUGCAUAUUUCUCAACAAAGCGUUGACAUAAAAAGAGAAAAUGCAAUUGCUUUUAGCGACCAAAAGAGGGCGGUAUUUCCUACUCUAAUGUGCUUUCUGUCUAUUUAGAGAGGAAAUACUGUACCACAUCCACUGUAGACUGUCUAUAAUGUCUAUCCUGUAUACAAGAAAACAAACUGACAGACAUGUUUGCUAUUCAUGUGCUAAAGAGGAAGACCAGCAAUGUCCAAGCUCUGCUUAUGUGCCUCAAAAGUUAUGUGGGCACAGUUGCGAAAUCUGACAAAAUUCAUCAAAAGAUCAUUCUCUGAUCUAAAAUGCAAGCUUAGAAACAGAUGUGGAGAAGGAAGCCCUCUCAGAUCUUUGCUGUUAUCCAUAUCACCAUAACAGAGCCAUAAUUAUUAACAAACUCAUGGUCAAAAGGAGGAUUCUCAAUUAAGUUCAUCAGUAGACUCUUGGUUGUCACUUUUGUGAUAACAUCACUCAGCGCUGCAAUAAGUCAGUAGGUUCAUGUGUUCUAUACAGAUGUGUUUAAGAAAUAAAAGUUUAAACAUUAUCAAGCAUAAAUGUUAAAGAUUUCUCUUUACAAUGCAGGCCAUUUAUCAUUUCUGUACAGAGGUGCUGUUUCUCUUAUGUUCAAAAUAACCCCAAAAAUGUUAACCCUAAUUCAGAAAUGUAGCCUGUUUACAAAAUGUGCAUCUUUGUUUUCUACAGUUGCUGGUUCAUUGAAUAUAUCAGCUACUAUUGUGCAUUUCUUCUUGCAGUCUCCUCUACUGGCUCAACCACUGGCUCGGCUUUACUGACCCCCAGGUCACCCGAGCUCCAGUGGAAGGUUAUAAACAAAGUAAAAAGAUAACAAGCCAUACAUAAGCUAAUGUAAACCCUUAUGUUAGUUAUUAUGUAUGCACUAUUACUAGUUUCUUCUACUACUUCUGUUUUUAGUAUGUCUGUUGCUUUAUAUGUGUAAAAAAAUGCAAUUUUAUGUAUUUUACUGUAUAUUUUAAAUUAACAGAAUUAACAAGAAGCCCUACUUUAGUUUGUGUAUAUCCUGUGCAAAUACUGUAUGUUAUGUGUAAUAAGAGUUACAAAUCUUUAUCAGUAUGUCGAACCAACAUCACUUGACUGGCCACUUUC